AUGCGUGGACAGAUUGUGCGGGCAUUCUCCACGGCGAGCGUGUGGCGGAAUGCGACUCCUGUCGCGAAUGCCGUCGAGUGGCAUGGUGCGGGACCGGUUGGACACCUUCCCCAGCUUGCGCGCUCGCACCCCCAGAUCUGGGCGUCGCUCAAGGCGCAGGUGCCGUCGGCGAUUGCCACGGUCGGCGCGCGCUUCCAUCUUUUCCCUUCUACGCUGAGCGCAGACGAGCGUGUGCGCCGUGCGGGUCUCGUGCGUGUCGCGUGCACGCACCCGAGUGUACUCUCGGUGCAGCGCAGUGCCGCCGACCUGCCCCUUUCCACCGAGGAGCGCCAGCAGGUUCCGGAGCUCUCCGAGACGCUGGCGCACAAUGCCGAGCUUGCGACGCUCGGAAACGCGUUGCUCGGCCUGAUUGCGAGCGAGUACUUCCACCUCAAGUACCCCCACCUGCCGACCCGCGUGCUAAAGGCGUUUGUCAGUGCGUUUGUCGGCCCCAGCACGCUGGCCGACGUCGGUGCGGACCUCGGCGUGCUCGGCCAAGGCGUCCAGCGCUGGGACCGUACCGGCCAGAGUGUCGUGCAAAAGGCCGUCAAGGGCCGCGCGAGCAGCACCGCCCCCCUGCUGAGCAAGGACGUGGCGGCGCAGUCGAUGCGCGCCAUGGUCGCUGUCCUCUUCCAGGAGCUGGGCAUGGAGGCCACCCGCGGCUUUGUCCACAGCCAGUUUUUGUCGCGCCGCAUGGACUUGGCGAGCCUGCUCAAGUUCCGCGACCCGAAGCGUGUGCUUUCGGCGACAUGCAAAAAAUACAACAAGCCGACGCCCCAGAGCCGGAUUUUGGCCGAGACGGGCCGUAAAAGCAUUUCGCCCGUGUUUGUCGUGGGCGUGUACAGUGGUGCAGUCAAGCUCGGUGAGGGCACCGGCAGCUCGAUCCGCAUGGCCGAGUUCCGCGCGGCAGAAGACGCGCUGCGGCGGUUGUACCUGGCCGAGCGGCCGAACGGCUCGUUCGACCUGCCCUCUUCGACGCUGGACGAUACCUUUGCAGGCAGCACGCCUGUUCCCCACUCGCUGCAACACGCAGCAGGCCACGUCGAGCCACAUCGCUUCGCUCCGCAGCCGCUCGGCCGCGCGGAGGUCUUGUAUGAUUCGCGCGGGUAG